AUGCAAUAUAAGUGUGUUAACUGUAAUGGUGAUCAUAUAGCAUUGAACAGAAUAUGUCCUGUUUAUUUGAGAGAAAAGAGACUAAGAGAAUUGAUGGCAGAGUUUAAUUGUUCUUAUAAAAGAGCAUGCAGCUUAUAUAUGCGCCCGGAUUCAAUAGCAGAGCCAAACCAAACCAUGAAAAAUUCGGUGGAAAAUCAAGAUAUCACUACCUCAAAUAGUUAUAUGAAUCUGCCAUGUGAUGAAAAUACGAAUCAUAAAUAUACUCCACUAUUACCGGAAUUCUCACAAUUGUUUACUCCAAAGCGGCCUAAGUCAUCGUCGAGUAAUAACAACAAUAAACGCGAUACGAGUAGCAAUAUAAAUCAAUUAGAGCAGGAUAGAUGCAACCAACCGGACCACAUUCCACAGCGAUCAUCUGAUGACACCGACGCGCAUAGUAAUAAUAUAAACAACGAUCGUAAGGUUCAGUUUAGCGAGCUCAUAUUACGCUUAAUAGAUAUAUUGUUUAUUAAAAACUUUACUUUAGGUGAAAAAGUUCAUAACUGUGUUAAAUGUGUAUUUGAAUAUUUAAUACUUGUCGUAGUUGGUAAUAUUUCUGAUAGGCCAUAUGUUAAUUGCAUUUUAGAGUUUAUAAGUAAGUUUAUUAAUGGAUAA